AGCCAAAGAACUCAUAACCCAACUGUCCCUCAUCCAGCUGAGAUCAGUAACACGUAGGACCAUGAGAGUCUUGAUUGGAGUCCUGUUGGUAGCCUUGGUGGCUGCAGAGCAGAAACGUUCAGCUGACCCUGGAAUUGGCUAUGGGGGACUUGGAGGCCUGGGUUAUGGUGGCCUUGGAGUUGGAGGCUUGGGUUAUGGAGGUCUGGGCCAUGGAGGGCUCGGGCAUGGUGGUCUUGGCUACGGCUUAGGCCUUAAUGGUGGAUACGGAGGUGGAUAUGGAGGCUAUGGUGGCCUCUUGAGUGCUGGGAACUAUGCCAAUGGAUACAGCCACUCCACUGGAUACAACCAUGGAAACCACAUUGGAAACCAAUAUGGAGGUCUGGGUGGGCUCUCACAUGGCCAUCUUAACAAACACACGCUCGGCAAACGAAGUGCUGAUCCUGAACCAGGUUUAGCCUAUGAAGGACUUGGUGGACUUGGCGGACUUGGAGGACUAGGUUAUGGAGGACUUGGUCUUGGUGGACUUGGCCAUGGAGGCCUUGGACUUGGAGGACUUGGCUAUGGAGGCCUAGGGCACGGUGGACUAGGUCAUGGUUUAGGCCUUAAUGCUGGAUUUGGUGGAGGAUAUGGGGGCCAUGGUGGUCUCUUGGAUGCCGGCAAUCAUGCCCAUGGAUACAGUCACUCCACUGGGUACAACCAUGGAAACCAUAUUGGAAAUGCCCACAAAGGAUUGGGUGGACUGGCCCAUGGGCACAAAAACAUCAUAGGAAAGUAAAAGGAUAUUUCUCAUACUUAUCAAGUAUCAGAAAGUUGGUGUUUCAAGUGAAAUGCCUCUUUCUGGAACGUGUUAAGGAUACGGCAACCCAUGCUUCGGUAAAAUAUAUGAUUCCUGUGAAUACCCUGAACUCCCAGGUUUUUUAAUCUAUGUGAAAAUGCAUUUUGAAAGAAAAUAUAUUUUUAGUCUUA